CGCCACUGUAAUGUGAUUCUCGCUGUACCUGCUGCGCCUACCGACCGCUCUCUCGUUUCUCCACAUGCGCACAGCGGCACUACUCUCAUUCUCACUGCAGACUUUCCGUUCAGUUGCAGCCAACUGUUCGCCACUGUCGCACAGGCGCCGCCAAACAAAUAUUUUUUUAGGAUCAAAAUAGGCUUUCAAGCGGCUCAACGCCCAACAAUUCGCUACAUUAUAGCAAGCAGGCAGCGAGAUAAGAAGAUACAUCGAUUUAUCGAUACAGUGUAACGUUAUUUUAUCUCUCGCUUCAGAACCAGUCUCGAUACAACACCGGAACGACAAAUCUCAAACAUGAAGAAAUGUUCGGCGUGGUCGCUCUUUCUAGUGGUUUCGCUGCUAACUGUGAAAGCUCUGUCCCAGAAUUCAGAUGGCUUUGACCUGUCUGAUGCCUUGGAUGACGUCUCUAUAGCAACAGCAGCCACCCCCAAACCAGUAGAAGGGGCAGGAGCAGAUGAGGAAAUCACCCCCACCAAGGCUCCUCCUAAAGCCCCAGCCACUAAGGCCCCGUCACACAAGCCCAAGCCACAUGAGUUCCAGGCUGAUUUUGACUUUGGGCCCAGCCUUCGCCCUGUUCUGCUCCCCCUCGCCACCAAGGGUCCCCAUACCCCACCGAAGCCCCAGCCCGCCUCUGAUGAGUUUGACCUGAGUGAUGCUCUGGAUCCCAACAAUGACAUUGGAGGGAAGGACAAGAACAAGGGACAAGCAGAUAAAGGUAUUGGAGGCGGAGGCAGGGGAGACAGAGCCCCCAACAACAGAGGAGGGAACGGGGGUGGAUCUUUCUCAGAUGAUGAUCUGCUUGACGUUGGGAAAGACGACCCCUACAACCCUGACAAAGGCAAAGGUGGACACGGAGGCCAGUCUGCCGCCGAUGACAACAACCUUGACACCAUGGCUGAGACCGGAACCAUCGCCGGGAUCAUCAGUGCCAUUGGUUUGGCGCUGGUUGGCGCGGUCACCAGCUACGUCUCCUACCAGAAGAAGAAGCUCUGCUUCAGCAUACAGCAGAGCCUGAAUGCAGACCUGGUGAAGACUGAUAACCCAGAUGCUGUGGUGGCCACAGAACCACAAGUUCAACAGACUCUUCUGGAGCCCCCAACGCUGAGCCUCCUAGUCAGGAUAACACUGUCUAAUAUCCCACCCGUCCGUCCGGCCUCAUCCCCCAACGCUGAGCCUCCUAGUCAGGAUAACACUGUCUAAUAUCCCACCCGUCCGUCCGGCCUCAUCCCCCAACCUACACACACACCUGCACACACACGAAGAGGGUGUGACAACACACACUUACACGCCCUCACAUUGGGGAAUACCCCCCCCCACCUCAUACGCCAACACACACUCACCACUUUUGAAGGAUAGUUCCAUCCCCGUUAUACCUUAAGCAUUGUAGAUAGAUGGUGAUCAGCAAACUCUGUCUGAAAUGUAGAGUUCCACUGACAGCCAUGUUGACGCCACCAAGUUCCAUGUCAUUCUAGAAUCUUAAUGUCAUUCUAGAGUGGGAAUGGUAUUGUAACAUCACUAUGGUUCGCCGACCUCUGUAGACCUUCCCCCGCCACACUGUGUGUACAUAUCAUUUAAUUUAUUUUAACUGUUUUAAACACCACUAAUAUGCCUGUUUACAAUUUGAUUAUGAAGGAAUGGUAGCCUAAUCCUAGAUCAGUUUUUAUUUAACAAUGAUAGUCAGAGGAUUUGCUAUACUUAAGCACAUACAGAUCCUGGACCAGGCUUUCAUCUGGGUAUAUCUUGAAAGAUAGUAUGGUACAUAGUAUAACCCACAUACUUUCCCCCUAACUCUGUUAUCCAAUCAAAAAUCUCCAAUCCAAAUAAUUACCCCCCC